GCCCCGGCCUGCUCGCGAGGACCUCGCACGGCCAAGAUGGCUGCGCCCAUGCGGCAGACUCGCUGCCUGCUCCGGUGGGUGACGACCCUGGGCCCGGGCUCCCGCGGUUACCGAGCGCCGCCGCCUCCGCGCCGCUCACGGGACCCCUGGUGGCCCGACCCGGAUGACCCAUUGACCCCGCGCUGGCAGCUGGGGCCGCGCUACGCAGCUAAGCAGUUCGCGCGGCAUGGCGCCGCCUCCGGGGUUGACCCCGGUUCUCUGUGGCCGUCGCGGCAACAGCUGCUCGAGCUGGAGGCUGAGGAGCGAGAAUGGUACCCGAGCCUGGCGGUCAUGCAGGAAUCGCUGCGGGUGCAGCAGCUGGCCGAAGAGCAGAAGCGACAAGCCAGGGAGCAGCUCAUUGAAGAGUGCAUGGCCAAGAUGCCACAGAUGAUUGAGAACUGGCGGCGGCAGCAGCAGGCACGCAGGGAGAAGGAGCAAGCAGACAAGGAGCGGAGGGCCCGGCUGCAGGCGGAGGCCCAGGAACGCCUGGGAUACCACGUGGACCCGAGGAGUGCCCGCUUCCAGGAGCUGCUGCAGGACUUGGAGAAGCAGCAUCGCAAGCGCCUCAAGGAGGAGAAACAAAGAAAGAAGAAGGAGGCACGAGCUGCUGCAAUGGCCGCUGCUGCGGCCCAGGAUCCAGCAGACUCUGAAACACCCGACUCCUGAGCUGGGUUCUUUCCCAAUAAAACUUGCCCCACCCCUGAA